AUGGCCGGAGGUGAUGAACUGAAGCUGUUGGGCUCAUGGCUGAGUCCAUUCGCCACCAGGGUGAAGCUGGCCCUCGCCCUCAAGGGCCUGAGCUACGCGGAGGUGGAGGAGGACCUCUGCAACAAGAGCGAGCUGCUCCUCCGCUCCAACCCCGUGCACAAGAAGGUGCCGGUGCUCAUCCACAACGGCGUUCCCGUGUGCGAGUCUGUGAUCAUCAUGCAAUACAUCGACGAGGCCUUCGCCGGCGCCGGGCCCUCCCUCCUCCCCUUGGACCCCCACGAGCGCGCCGUCGCUCGGUUCUGGGCCUCCUACAUCGAUGAGAAGCUCGUGAUCCCGUGGGUGCGGUCGUUUAGAGGCACAACGGAGGAGGAGAAGUCAGAGGGGUUGAAGCAGGCGUUCGCCGCGGUGGAGAACCUGGAGGGAGCUUUGAGGGAGUGCUCGAAGGGGAAGGGCGGCUUCUUCGGUGGCGACGGUAUUGGGCUCGUCGACAUCACGCUGGGGAGCCUGCUCACGUGGGCGCACGCCGCCGAGGUCAUGUCCGGGACAAGGAUCUUUGACCCUGCCAGGACCCCGCUCCUGGCCGCGUGGAUGGUACGCUUCGACGAGCUCGACGUCGCCAAGGCUGUCUUGCCGGACGUUGGCAGGAUGGUCGAGUUCAAGACGAAGCAGGCACGGGCUCUCGCUGCCGCCAGAGCUUCAGACAGCAAGUAA